CCGCGUAGGCGCAUCGCAAGUGAUUCUGGAUCUCUGUUUGUUCUCUUUGUCUGAUCUCUCGGUCCUCAUAGCGACCAGAUCUUGUCCUUCGCCAGCGCAAGAUUCAGUGAGAGCACGGAAUAGGAGAGGAGCUGGGGCAACAUGACGACAGUGAACAACAUUGACGGGCGGAGGGUUUACACUUCCAAGGUCCCCGUGCCCAAGGUCCCCGAGGUGCCCGUGUACGACUUCGUCCUCGGAGAUACCUCGUUCGAUGAUGAGCGCCUAGCUUUCCAUGAGAUCAGCAAGCGCAACAGGAAGAUUACCUUCGGCCAGCUCAGGCUCCAGGCACAGCAGCUGGGCCUCGGACUGAUCAACAAAGUCGGCCUUAAGCCUGGGGACGUUGUCCUCAUCGUCCUACCUAGUGGCAUCGACUUUGCCUUGGCCCUUCUCGCCUCCGUCUUUGCUGGACUCCGCGUUUCGUUUGCCAAUCCCAAUUAUCUCCGUGCAGAGCUUCGACAUGUCUAUCAUGCGCUGAAGCCAAAGAAGAUCUUCACCAUCGGCUCGAUGCUAAAGACGAUUACCCGAGGCGGGCUCCCUUGGAACACUGUUGUGCUCAUGGACACGGAACUCGGCUACAGCACUGUCGCAGCAAAGAGGCUUCUCGCCUCGCCAGACGAGGCCAAGAGGGCAAAGCCCGUCGCACCAAAGUCGCUCGACGACACCCUCUACCUGCCAUGGAGCUCUGGGACGACCGGACUUCCUAAGGCCAUCGAGAUCACCCAUCGAAACGUUGUGUCGAUGCUCUUCGCUCUCAAGGCCGUCCCAGAUCUGUACCCGAAACCGAUGUCGACACUCGUUUGUCUGCCCUUCUUCCAUGCGCUGGCCCUCAUCAAAAGCUGUCACCUGAGCGUUUGGAUGAAAGCAACCGUGUACGUGAUGCCGUUUGCUCCAAAUGCCCUGUGCGAAGCCGUCAAGGAGUACAAGAUCGAAUGCAUGUCGUCAGUGCCUCCCAUCCUCAAAGCCCUGUCGGAAUGUCCAAAGGGCGACAAGGACCAUCUUGGAUCACUCAAGUGGGUGUCUGUGGGCGCAGCGCCUUUGGACGCCGAGCUGGAACAAGUCAUCGAGGACAAGUUGGGCAUGCCCCUCAUGCAGGGGUAUGGCAUGAGCGAGACCACCGUUGCCGCCCUCGGACUGCAACGGGGACAGCGCAAAGGGACCGUGGGCUGGCCUGUCCCGGGUGUCGAGUGCCGCGUAGCAGAUGAUGACAACGCAGACGUGCCUCAAGGCGAGCGUGGGGAGCUGCUGCUUCGAGGGCGAAAUAUCACCAAGGGCUACUAUGCCAACAAGGAAGCCAAUGACUCCACUUUUACCAGCGACGGCUGGCUGAAAACGGGCGAUGUCGUGAUUGUCGACGACAGGGGCGAAUUCAGCAUUGUGGACCGUAAGAAGGAGCUCAUCAAAUACAAGGGCUUCCAGGUCGCGCCUGCCGAGCUCGAAGGUGUGCUCCUGCAGCACAAGGACGUCCUCGCCGCCGCAGUUGUGGGCAUGUACGACAAGAAGCAAGCUACGGAGCUCCCUCGGGCCUACAUCCAGCUGCGAGAUCCAUCUAAAAAGAACAACGCAAACGCAGUCGCUCAGGACGUGUCAGAUUUCAUCAAGUCGCGGGUGGCCUCGUUCAAGCAACUCAGGGGUGGCGUUAGGGUCCUUGAACUCAUCCCCGUAUCGCCAAGCGGAAAAGUCUUGAGAAAGGAGGUCCGCAAGAUCCUUGAACAGGAGACAGCCGCAAAGUCGAGCAAGCUCUAAGCUUUCUCUUUCUGUCGUUGUUUGCCGACUCUUUUCCAGCAGCUCGAUUCGAGCGAUAAUAGUGAAUAAUGCUUGGUGAUGCAUUACGUUUUGUUAAAUACAUUCAGAGACCGAUCAGAAACAUACAUGGCGCAA